GUUUUUUCACUUCCCCGUUGGACGCGAGAUUUAUUACUGGCACUACUACAUGGGCCGAAUGUUGUCACCUGAAUCAUCAUCCUCGCGUGGAACGCGCAUAGUCCACCGUUCGAGACGCCACGUGCCGCAAAGAAAUGAACAGGGUGUGAAGCGAUAUCUCUUCGAUUUCUACACAAUUGCUGGCCUGGUAGAAGAUAUUGGCGCCGUGUAUCGGAACCUCAAUUUGAGACCUAUCUGGGCGAAGAGCAAUCUUAUGCUGCUGCUAGAUCCGUGCCUCACAGUGUUCGCCAAAGUGCCCUCCUCCAGAUCUGCCGUACUGAAUUUCACGGGCAUGCUGAUCCACGAAGCCACUCAUCUCUACUUCUCGAAGAAAGAAAAUACACACAUAAGUAAGAAAAUAAAAAUAAUUGAAAAUAGUUGAAU